AACGAGCAUCCAUCUAUCAAGCUUGCAAUCAAAGAGUGCAUACACAGAUACUCCGUAUAUCAGCUCCGCAGUUCCCAAUCCCAACAUGACGAUAGUAGAGAUGAGGGUGCAUAUGGAUUGCGCUGGAUGUGAGAGCAAGAUAAAGAAGGCUCUUCAGAAACUAGAAGGGAUUGAUGACAUUGACAUAGACAUGGGGAUGCAAAAGGUGACCGUUACCGGGUGGGCCGAUCAGAAAAAGGUUCUCAAAGCCGUUAGGAAGACAGGAAGGCGAGCCGAGCUAUGGCCAUUCCCAUACAAUCCAGAAUACCAUCCAUACACACAUUACAACCAUCAUCAACAUCAUCAAAGCCACCAUCUAACCUACAUUGCCCCAUCAUCUUCUUACAACUACUACAAGCACGGCUACGAUGAUCCAGAUCAUGGUUACUAUCGCCGGCCCUUGCAUUCCACCAUCUUGGAUGAAAGGGCUAGUGCAAUGUUCAGUGAUGAAAAUCCAAAUGCGUGUUUUAUCAUGUGAGUAGUGGCAUGCAUGCAUGCAUAUGUAGAGUUCAUGGCCACAUGCGUGUGGAUGUAUGUGUGAUUUUAUUUUUGAUUGAGGUGUAAAAACAAUAUGUGGAUUUUGGUUUUAUUUUUGCCUUUGUUUUUUUGAGAAACACAUGCACGUGCUUGUGCAAGAUCUGAGUCCUUCAUUGGGUGGGCCCCCAGAUGUAGUUUUCUCGAAGGAUCUUCACACUAAAAAUCAGGCCAUUCACAUCUCAAAUGGGCCACAGCAUACCAAAACAAAUGAAUGGCUAGAAAUAAAAUGAGUAACUGUCAGUUUACUUGGCCCACUUGAAGAGUGAAAUUAUUUGAUUUUCAGGCAGAAGAUCUAAGCAUUAUUUGUAAACUUAUGGAAAGCUCGGAUCUCACACACGUGUAUCAUUUUCGCACGUUGCCUGCUUGUGAAUGUGAACGGCUCCGCAUGAAAAGAAGUCUAUUAAUUUGAUAGCUAGGAUUAUCU